UGUGUUGAAUGUAAUGCCACAUGAAUAUAGGUGGAAAAGAAAGCAAUGUUUAUUUACAGAUGUGAUAUGAAACUUGUCUGUUUAUUGCACACAACCAUUCCAGUUUAUUUAAUAAUUUAUUAACUACUGUUAAGUGUGCUAUUGGUUAGAACAUAACAGUAUAGUAAAAUACACUUGAUAUUAUACACAUUUGUUCCAAAAUCAACUUUAAAAUGUUCAGUUUAUAUGAUUUAUAUAUUUAUAACAAAGAUCAAGUAUUUUGUGUGUGAACUGAAGCUUCAGUAGUGUGCAGUCAGUCAUCAGGCUUGUGUGCUGUGUGUGUAGAUACAGGCUUUGAUGCUGAAUAUAACCUGCAGUGUUUCUCUAUCAAUCUCCUGUAAGUUUAGUGUGACUUUCUCUCCACGCUGAACAUGACUGACACGAGUCUGUCCUCAGUGAAGUGUCUCUUCACGCUGGAGGAGGAGUCCCGCUCAUCAGCGCUCACACUUUAUUGAUAUAUAUGGAGAAAAUAAAAAUGCUGCUUUGUGAUUUGUCAGUGAUUAUGUUUGAUGAUUUCCUCUGUUGUGUCUAAUAAGGUAACAGUGAGUGUCAUUGGCAGCUGUGAGAGUUUCUCUCUCUUUAGGGGACUGACAGGAGCCAGUUUCUUCAGUGUGUGUGUGAGGGAGCAGAGGAGAAACAGAGUCAAACAAACAGUGUGACGACGAGCAGAAGAAGAUGGAGGUAUUUCUGGCACUCGUUUUACUCUCCUCUAUAGUCACUAUAAACACAUCUGAUUUUGAGACUGUGAGGUUAGUUGGUGGGAACAGUUCCUGUGCUGGUAGAGUGGAGGUUCUUCAUGGAGGUCAGUGGGGAACAGUGUGUGAUGAUGACUGGGAUAUGACUGAUGCUGGAGUGGUGUGUAGAGAGAUGGGAUGUGGAGAGGCUGUAGAGGCUGUGGGUGAUGAUCAGGCUCGCUUUGGACAAGGAUCAGGACCAAUCUGGAUGGAUGAUGUGAGCUGUAAUGGAUCAGAGUCAACACUGAAGAACUGUAGAUCAAGUGGAUGGCGUGUUAGUGACUGUGAUCAUACUGAAGAUGCUGGAGUCAUUUGCACAGAAACAAUAAACUACGGAAGGUCAAGACUUGUGGACGGGUCUCACCUGUGUUCUGGGAGAGUGGAGAUGUAUUUUGGAGGACGAUGGGUUUCAGUGUGUGACGCUGCCUUUGACCAGCAGGAUGCAGAGGUUGUGUGUAGAGAGCUGGACUGUGGAGCUCCUGUACAGGUGCUGGGAGAAGAUGCUUUUGGAAAAGGAAAUGGUCAGAUUGGAUCAAAAGAGAUUCAGUGCAGAGGAAAUGAAACACACAUUCAACACUGUUCAUCAUCGUCCUCACAUAAUAUAAACUGCACCCAUGACAACGAUGUAGGACUGAUAUGUUCUGGUUACACUGACCUCAGACUGGCCAAUGGUCCUGACAUCUGUUCUGGUCGAGUUGAACGUCAGUACUUCAGGAAAUGGGGCUCAGUGUGUGAUGCAUGCUGGGAUAUGAGAGCUGCCAGUGUCCUCUGUAGACAGCUGAAUUGUGGGAUUGCUGUGUCUGUUGUGGGAUCAGACUGGUUUGGAGAGGGAAGUGGUGAAAUCUGGGCUGAUGUGUUUGAUUGUGACGGGAAUGAAACAAAACUCUCAGAAUGUUCCAUCUCUUCAUGGAGUCGAGCUGAAUGUUCUCAUAGACGAGAUGUUGGAGUCAUUUGCUCUAAUUCCUCUCUGGCUGUUCAUGACGGUCUGGUGCGGUUGUUUGGAGAGAGACCGUGUGAGGGGGAGCUGGAAGUUUCCAUCCAUCAGGUCUGGAGGAGAGUUCUGCUGGACUCCUGGAGUCUCACUGAAUCCUCUGUGGUCUGCAGACAGCUGGGCUGUGGCUCUGUGCUGAACUUCUCCGGCUCCUCUUCAUCCAGUCCUGAACACAGUCAUGAGUGUGUGACGGGCUUCCAGUGCUCUGGGAGUGAAGCUCAUCUGGGGAACUGCAGCUCUCCACACACUCUCAACUGCAGCUCCACACAACAGCUGUCAAUCACCUGCCUUGGUCGCGGGUCCAUCAGGCUGGUGGGUUCUGGGGGAGACUGUGCAGGGAGGCUGGAGGUUUUUCACAGCAGCUCAUGGGGGACAGUGUGUGAUGACUCCUGGGAUAUUAAAGAUGCCCAUGUGGUGUGCAGACAGCUGCAGUGUGGAGUGGCCCUCAGUAACCAGCAGGUACCAGCCUGGUUUGGUCCUGGUUCUGGACCCAUAUGGCUGGAUGAGGUGGAGUGUGAGGGGAAUGAGACGUCCCUGUGGAACUGCUCUUCUCCAGGCUGGGGGAAACAUGACUGUCAACACAAGGAGGAUGUAGGAGUCGUGUGUUCAGAGUUUAAAGAGAUCAGGUUAACUGAGGGCUGUGAAGGGAAUGUGGAGGUUUUCUACAAUGGAUCCUGGGGUAAUGUGUGUUACCAUAAGAUGAACAGAGACACAGCGAGUCUGAUCUGUCAAGAGCUGAACUGUGGAAGAUCUGGCAGUGAACCCAGUAAUUCAGAGGGACUGAAGUCUCAUAACUGGCUUGAAUUUUUUAAAUGUCGGCAACAUGACUCUGCUUUAUGGCAGUGUCAAUCUUCAGCCUGGGGACAGCAUGUAUGUCAUAAUGAAGUGGCCAAAAUCACCUGCUCAGAGAAGGAAAAUCAUGAGUCUCCUCAGAGUCGUCUGACAUGUUCAAACUCUCCAUCUCCUCACCAGAGACAGUGUUCAAAGCAUGUUCCUCUCAGACUGAGUGGAGGUUUGGGCCGGUGCUCUGGGAGGCUGGAGGUGUAUCAUAACGCUGUGUGGGGUUCAGUCUGUGCUGAUCUGUGGGACAUCAGCGAUGCUCAGGUGGUCUGCAGGCAGCUGGGUUGUGGAGACGCACUGAGGGCUGAUGGGAAUUCAGUCUUUGGUGCUGGUGAAGGUGUUGUGUGGCUGAACAGAGUCGAGUGCAGAGGGAAUGAGAUUCACCUGUGGGACUGUCCUCUCUCCCUGAAGAACCACACUGACUGUUCUCACAAAGAGCACGCUGGACUCACAUGUGCAGAUUUGUCAGUGUCCACUACUCCUGCCACAACAACAUCAGCUUCUCCUCCAGUUUCUCAGACAGUGCGCUCAACAUCAGUCACUCCUCCACAAACUCCUCCAGCAGCGUCUCUCUCUGUGCUUGUGGUUGUACUGGGAGUUUUGCUCUUACUGCUCUUAGUGCCACUGCUUAUACUGGUUCAGCAGAACAGAGUGAUGAGGAGAGCUCUCUCUGACUGGUACACAGGACUACACAGGGCACCAAGUGAGGUAGUUUACGAGGAAAUUUAUCACAGACACAAUCAAUUGACUCAUACAGGAGGGAGUCUCGUCUCGGAAGAACUGAAUUCUGGGUAUGAAGAUGUUGAUUCGCUUCUCUCAGACAGGGUGAAUGCAAACACAUCUGGAUACUAUGAGGAAAUCAUCAUUCAUGUACCAAAACCAGUUUGUGAGACAGAUGACACACCAGAGGGCUAUGAUGAUGUCAUUACCAGUGAACAGACCUAUGUGGACACACCAGAGGAUUAUGACGAUGUCAUCAUUAAUGGACAGUGCUCUCAAUGUGUAAUGGAGGGAGAUCAGGAUGAGUAUGAUGAUGUGUGGAGUAUCACUGAAGAUUUGAGAAACUUGUUAGACUAUGAUGAUGUGGAGGAGGAGUCAAACGAUGAGACAGAAGAAGUGUUGGGCUUUGAUGCUGUAAAUAAACUGGAGAGUUUCCUGUCUCCUGUAAGUCAGUCAAAUACGGGGCUGAGAGGACGCCUGUACUUCUGCAUCAUCAGUGCGGAGAAGCUUGUACUGGAUGUUGAAUUAAUCAAGCAGAGAGAGAUGGAGAGAUGCCUGACACUCAUUUUACUGUCUUCAAUUAUAAUACUCAUCACAGCUGACCGUGUGAAUGUGAGGCUGGUUGGUGGUCACAGUCGCUGUGCUGGUAGAGUGGAGGUUCUUCAUAGAGGUCAGUGGGGAACAGUGUGUGGAGAUGACUGGGAUAUGGCUGAUGCGGCAGUGGUGUGUAGAGAGCUGGACUGUGGAGAACCUGUAGAUGCUCUGAGUGAUGCUCAUUUUGGACCAGGAUCAGGACCAAUCUGGAUGAGUUUUGUCAUGUGUACUGGAUCAGAGUCUACACUGAAGAACUGUGGGUCAUCAGGAUGGGGUAAAAGCAACUGUGAUCACAGUAAAGAUGCUGGAAUCAUCUGCUCAGAAGUCCGGCUGGUUGGAGGUUCUCGCUGCUCUGGGAGGUUAGAGAUACUUGAUGAUCAGUCGUGGGUGUCAGUGUGUGACGCUGCCUUUGACCAGCAGGAUGCAGAGGUUGUGUGUAGAGAGCUGGACUGUGGGGCUCCUGUACAGGUGCUGGGAGAAGAUGCUUUUGGCAAAGGAGACGCUCAGAUGUGGACACAAGAGAUUCAGUGCAGAGGAAAUGAGUCUCAGAUUCACUUCUGUUCAACAUCACCAUUAGAUGAAAAUAACUGUUCACAUGAGCGCAACGUUGGUUUGCUGUGUACUGACAAAAGAAAUGUGAGACUGGUAAACGGUAGCAGUCGCUGUGCUGGUAGAGUGGAGGUUCUUCAUAGAGGUCAGUGGGGAACAGUGUGUGGAGCUGGCUGGGAUAUGGCUGAUGCUGCAGUGGUGUGUAGAGAGCUGGACUGUGGAGAACCUGUAGAUGAUCUGGGUGAUGUUCAUUUUGGACUGGGAUCAAAACCGUUUGGGAUGAAAAAUGCAAUGUGUACCGGAUCAGAGUCUACACUUCAAAAAUGUGGAUUCAAACAACCAUCUGAUCUUAAUGUGUGUCUUAAUAAGAGCGCUCAAGUCAUUUGUUCAGAAGCCCGGCUGGUUGGAGGUUCUCGCUGCUCUGGGAGGUUAGAGAUACUUGAUGAUCAGUCGUGGGUUUCAGUGUGUGACGCUGCCUUUGACCAGCAGGAUGCAGAGGUUGUGUGUAGAGAGCUGGACUGUGGGGCUCCACAGGUUCUGCGAGAAGAUGCUUUUGGCAAAGGAGACGCUCAGAUGUGGACACAAGAGAUUCAGUGCAGAGGAAAUGAGUCUCAGGUUUACCUCUGUCCAACAUCACCAUUAGAUGAAAACAACUGUUCACAUGAAAAUUAUGUUGGACUGAUGUGUGCAGACAAUUUGAAAGUAAGGCUGGUUGGUGGUCACAGUCGCUGUGCUGGUAGAGUGGAGGUUCUUCAUAGAGGUCAGUGGGGAACAGUGUGUGAUGUUUUCUGGGAUAUGGCUGAUGCUGCAGUGGUGUGUAGAGAGCUAGACUGUGGAGAACCUGUAGAUGCUCUGAGUGGUGCUCAUUUUGGACCAGGAUCAGGAACAAUCUGGACAGAUUGCAAGUUAUGUUCGGGAUCAGAACCUACACUGAAGAACUGUGGAACAGUAAAUCGGGGUUCUUAUGACUGUGAUCAUACUAAAGAUGCAGGAGUAAUCUGCUCAGGUGUCAGGCUUAUUGGAAACUCCAGUUGCUCUGGGAGGUUAGAGAUACUUGAUGAUCAGUCGUGGGUUUCAGUGUGUGACGCUGCCUUUGACCAGCAGGAUGCAGAGGUUGUGUGUAGAGAGCUGGACUGUGGGGCUCCUGUACAGGUGCUGGGAGAAGAUGCUUUUGGCAAAGGAAACGCUCAGAUGUGGACACAAGAGAUCCAGUGCAGAGGAAAUGAGUCUCAGAUUCACUACUGUCCAACAUCACCAUCACAUGAAAACAACUGUUCACAUGAUAAUUACCAGGGGCUGUUCUGUGCUGAUAAAAAGAAUGUGAGAUUGGUUGGUGGUCACAGUCGCUGUACUGGUAGAGUGGAGGUUCUUCAUAGAGGUCAGUGGGGAACAGUGUGUGGUUAUUUCUGGGAUAUGGCUGAUGCUGCAGUGGUGUGUAGAGAGCUGGACUGUGGAGAACCUGUAGAUGCUCUGAGUGAUGCUCAUUUUGGACCAGGAUCAGGACCAAUCUGGAUGAGUUGUGUACUUUGUGCUGGAUCGGAGUCUACACUGAAGAACUGUGGGUCAUCAGGAUGGAGCAUACAUGCCUGUACUCACAGUUAUGAUGCCGGUGUCAUCUGUUCGGGUCAUCAAGCUUCCAGACUCAUUAAUGGAUCUCACCUGUGCUCUGGGAGGUUAGAGAUACUUCACGAUCAGUCGUGGGUUUCAGUGUGUGACGCUGCCUUUGACCAGCAGGAUGCAGAGGUUGUGUGUAGAGAGCUGGACUGUGGUUCUCCUGUACAGGUGCUGGGAGAAGAUGCUUUUGGCAAAGGAGACGCUCAGAUGUGGACACAAGAGAUUCAGUGCAGAGGAAAUGAAUCCCAGAUUUCAUUUUGCUCAAUUUCAUUAUCACACAAACAAAGCUGUACCAGUGACUAUAAUGUGGGUCUGAUCUGUUCUGGUUACACAGAUGCUAAACUGAUGAACGGUUCAGACUCCUGUUCUGGAAGAGUGGAGCUUCGGUUCCUCAAUGAAUGGGGCACAGUGUGUGAUGCAUGCUGGGAUAUGAGAGCUGCCAGUGUCCUCUGUAGACAGCUGAAUUGUGGGAUUGCUGUGUCUGUUGUGGGAUCAGACUGGUUUGGAGAGGGAAGUGGUGAAAUCUGGGCUGAUGUGUUUGAUUGUGACGGGAAUGAAACAAAACUCUCAGAAUGUUCCAUCUCUUCAUGGAGUCGAGCUGAACGUUCUCAUAGACGAGAUGUUGGAGUCAUUUGCUCUGAUUCCUCUCUGGCUGUUCAUGAUGGUCUGGUGCGGUUGUCUGGAGAGAGACAGUGUGAGGGGGAGCUGGAAGUUUUCAUCCAUCAGGUCUGGAGGAGAGUUCUGCUGGACUCCUGGAGUCUCGCUGAAUCCUCUGUGGUCUGCAGACAGCUGGGCUGUGGCUCUGUGCUGAACUUCUCCGGCUCCUCUUCAUCCAGUCCUGAACACAGUCAUGAGUGUGUGACGGGCUUCCAGUGCUCUGGGAGUGAAGCUCAUCUGGGGAACUGCAGCUCUCCACAAACUCUCAACUGCAGCUCCACACAACAGCUGUCAAUCACCUGCCUUGGCCGCGGGUCCAUCAGGCUGGUGGGUUCUGGGGGAGACUGUGCAGGGAGGCUGGAGGUUUUUCACAGCGGCUCAUGGGGGACAGUGUGUGAUGACUCCUGGGAUAUUAAAGAUGCCCAUGUGGUGUGCAGACAGCUGCAGUGUGGAGUGGCCCUCAGUAACCAGCAGGUACCAGCCUGGUUUGGUCCUGGUUCUGGACCCAUAUGGCUGGAUGAGGUGGAGUGUGAGGGGAAUGAGACGUCCCUGUGGAACUGCUCUUCUCCAGGCUGGGGGAAACAUGACUGUCAACACAAGGAGGAUGUAGGAGUCGUGUGCUCAGAGUUUAAAGAGAUCAGGUUAACUGAGGGCUGUGAAGGGAAUGUGGAGGUUUUCUACAAUGGAUCCUGGGGUAAUGUGUGCUGGAACCAGAUGGACAGAGACACAGUGAGUCUGAUCUGUCAAGAGCUGAACUGUGGAAGAUCUGGCAGUGAACCCAGUUAUUCAGAGGGACUGAAGUCUCAUAACUGGCUUGAUUUUUUUAAAUGUCGGAAACAUGACUCUGCUUUAUGGCAGUGUCCAUCUUCACCCUGGGGGCAAAAUAAAUGUGAUAAGGAAGUGGCUAAAAUCACCUGCUUUGGUAAAUUUUUAACUUGGUAA